UCUUAACCCUCGCUCUCACUGUCACGUACACAUCCCUUGGUGCUUGCUACGGCCACCCCGCGGCUGUACCUGUGGUCUUGGCUUGCCAUGUUUAUUUAUAGCUGCCGCUCAAAGCGACAGCUGGAGAUCAGCGGGAGGAGGAGCUGAGCUGAGGAUCGAGCUCAGGGAACAAGCAAACAGCCAUAGCUCAUAUCCAGGUCGUGAGGGCAGGGGCUAUUAGCCGGCAGUGAUCUUCUUGUAUCCGCCGUAGCCUCGAUCGAUCGGUUUGAGCUCGUGGAUAUGGGGGAGCAGGAGAACAACAAGAUCGGCGGCGGCGGCGGCAACCACGCCAUGGCGGUGGACGAGGCGGCCGCGGCGGCCAAGGGGAAGAGCCUUGGCGCCGCGGACCCGCGCCUGCAGGGCAUUUCCGACGCCAUCCGCGUCGUCCCCCACUUCCCCAAGCCAGGGAUCAUGUUCAACGACAUCACGGAGCUGCUGCUGCGGCCGGGCGUGUUCAAGGACGCCGUGGACAUGUUCGUCGAGCGCUACCGCGGCAUGGGCAUCGCCGCCGUCGCAGGCAUUGAAGCUAGAGGAUUCAUCUUUGGCCCAGCCAUUGCGCUAGCCAUAGGAGCAAAGUUCAUACCACUACGCAAACCUAAGAAGCUUCCAGGUGAGGUAUUUUCUGAAAGUUAUGUACUUGAGUAUGGAAUGGAUUGUUUGGAGAUGCAUGUUGGAGCUAUUGAACCCGGGGAGCGUGUAGUGGUUGUUGAUGAUUUGGUUGCAACUGGAGGAACUCUUUCUGCUGCAAUAAGACUUCUUGAGCGCGCAGGAGCUAACGUGGUUGAGUGUGCAUGCCUCAUUGGGCUUCCCAAGUUUAAGGAUUUCUACAAGCUCAACGGGAAACCAGUUUACAUCCUGGUGGAGUCCCGCAAAUAGGACGCAGUAAAUGAAAAGCUUUCUAUCUUCCCCUCCAAAGAAGCUCACAACUUCAUUCAUUUGCACGCGCAAGCAAGGUGGAAUGCGCACCGAGAACUCCACAGUAAUCUGUGUUGAGGCCAAGGCCAGAUGUCAUGUAUCUUCAUGGAGAGUGUGAGAUGCAUUGGGUUUGGGUGAAACGUAGUCACUGUACUUUUGUAGCACGUAACGUCUAGUAGUAUUUUUAGUAGCCAUGGCUGAAGAGAGUUUGUAGCUAUUCCCGACUUCCUGCCAGGAACAUCAUCAGUGUUAGCCAGAGAAGGAGGAACUUAUGCUGCUGCUCAGUUUUCUACCAGAAUUGUCUUUUUUUUUUCUGUGCAGAUUCAAUUCUAUGGUAAACUUUACUACA